UGGUUAGACCUAAACGCAACUCCAAAACUCUAAUUUACAUUUAUUACUCAUCAUCAUUCGUCUAUCAGUAGUGGAGCUACGUGUAGUUACCUUUGUGAUUUGUAAUCCCCUCUCAAUAUUUGAUUUUAAGUUAUGAAGUAUGGACCACAUGAUAAUACCGUACUGAAAAGUGGUAAGUGAAUAGACUAUCGAUAUCUCCUCGUACAAAACCUAUUUGGAGUUUGAUGUCAAUAUAAGUUGUUGUGAACUUUUAAUUAUGUUCCUCCCUCGCUCUUAAUCCCGAGUUUGCCACUGUAUACAAUCAUAAAUGUUUGCUCCUUGCUGAAGUCAUUGCUAAAUGUUUUGGACAAUGCGCGUUCGCAAAAGCAUUUUCUUGUUCAACCACGUAGCAAAAUUCAUUACAUUCGCCCCCUUUUCUGACAUAGUCAACAGAACACUUCGAGACUUCAUCUCUAGUUUCAUAAGCAUGGGGUACUUGGUUGUCAAAGAAGGGUUGAACUCGAGCAUACAUUGAAUCGCUACAAUCUCAUGAUUUUUGAUACACACAUGUCUACUAACAUUAAUGUCUCGUACGGGGUCAAUACAUUUUUGAUUUCGUGAGUUUGCCAAAGCAAAUAGCCACUUUCUGCAAGAUCUCAUCUCUAAAUUCUAGUUUUGCCAUGAAAUACAAUCAUAUACCUUCUCGCACUUGGCUUCUUAUUUAUCAAGCAUGUUAUUUGGAAUCAAUUACCACAUAUCAUAAUACACGUUAUUCACUAUGUGGUAUUUGUACGAGAUAUUAUAGUUAGAUUACUCAUGAGUAGUAGUAUUUGCACUCAAAUGUAUUAUCUUGCCAAUUUGUUCUUCUUAACCCCAUAUUUUUCAUGCCUUUUCACCAAGAGAGAUUUCUUUUAAUCUUCAAUCUCGAGUUAAAUAUUAGAAUAACUCAUGUGUUUUAAUGAGAGCCAGUAAUUGUCAGUGAGCAAGUUAAGAUUUAAAUUUCAUUUUAAUAUUUAAUUUUUUUUUGCAAUAAUUUUGUAUACAAAAUCACAAUGCUUGGAAAUUUUGAGAAUACUCGUCUCUCUCCUGAUAUUUGUCAAAUAAAACGUCGGCAGUCUUUUGAAAAUACCACUUACCAAUAACCGGGGAAAAAAUACAACGUACCAAAUAACACAUCUUUUAUUUCUCUCCAAUCAAACAAGUAAUUUCACAUCAAAUAACACCAAACGAAACAUUAUAUUUUUCCCCAAAAAAAUAGGACCCAUAAAUUUCUCCCAUUUUAACAUUCAACAUUAACACAAUCUUCUUUUACCCAAAAUGUCAAAUUUCAGAGAUGGAGACCAAAUGAAAAUGUUGAUUUCAUGUCACACGUAAUGUUGAAUAUACAAAUUUCCAAAAACGACGAGUCCAAACACCUAAAAACACUUAUUAUUAUUAGGACGAUCGACGUCCAAACAAAUAUAUUGCAACUUGCACCUUUCUUUCUCCUCCCCACUUGCUCUCUCCCUGGCUGGCAUGGCUGGCGUCUGCUCUGCUUUCCGCCUUCACAAACCAAGAAGAAGAAAUAUAUAAAAACUAUUUCCCUAUCGCCUCCCUCCAUAUAUAUCACCGAAACAAGUUUCAAUUUUUUUUUUAAAUCCUCUCCCCAAAAAUAUUUAAUCCCAACUUGCUCUCCCUUUUUUUUUCCAAUCCCCUUCUCAUAUAUAUAAAUCUUCCACAAAUCCCUCCUUCCUAAUCACUCACCCACCAAAACAAAAUCCCUCGUCGGAAACUCACCGGCGCUAACAAUAUUCAUCCAGCCAUGCCGGCCUCCCUCCAGCUCCAACGAACCCCAUCUCCCGCCGCCGCAGCCGCGGGGUGCCAGUACAAGCAGCAGCAGCCGGCUGAGUGCCGGCACGUGCCGCUCCUCCUUCAGACACGUGAUCAGGACGACGAUGCAAACAACAACGAAGAAGAGGACUGCGGCGCCAUGGUGCCGGAGUACGUGGCGCGUCACCACGCGCGGGCGCUGGGCCCCAACCAGUGCUGCUCCGCGGUGGUGCGGCGCAUCGACGCGCCCGUCUCCACCGUGUGGUCGGUGGUGCGGCGGUUCGACAACCCGCAGGCGUACAAGCACUUCCUCAAGAGCUGCCAACUCAUCCGCGGCGACGGCGACGUGGGCACGCUCCGCGAGGUGCGCGUGGUGUCGGGCCUCCCCGCGGGGAAGAGCACCGAGCGCCUCGAGAUCCUCGACGACGAGCGCCACGUCAUCAGCUUCAGCGUCGUGGGCGGGGACCACCGCCUCCACAACUACCGCUCCGUCACCACCCUCCACCCCGCGGGAUCGGCGGCGGGAACGGUGGUGGUGGAGUCGUACGUCGUCGACAUACCGCCGGGGAACACCAAGGAGGACACGUGUAGCUUCGUCGACACCAUCGUGCGGUGCAACUUGCAGUCGUUGGCUCAGAUCGCCGAGAACAUGGUGGCGGCGGCCACGGCCGGGGAAAACCAUGUUAUUAAUAACCCUCCUCCAGCUUCCUCGUAAUUACUUGCUUUCAUCCUCGUACUAAUCUUUCAUUAAUUGGGGCUUCACACGUCAUUAGGUGUGUUUUUUUAGUUUAGUAGGUAUAUGAACAUGUCAUCGAUCUAUGUACGAACAUCGAAGGUAAGUGUUCGGUUCGAUUUUUCGAUCCUUCGGACGAAAGGGUUUGAGAUACCGGCAAAAUCAAAGGAAGCAUACAGGAAAGGAGUUUGAAUCUCAUUGAUCGCUGAGUCGAGAAUGAGUGAGGAGAUCGAAAGUAUAUUGAGAUCGAAGGUGAUAUGAUGAUCGACAAUGUUAUUGUAUCAUCUUUGUUUUUACUUUUGAUGGGUUUUUUUUUUCUUUUCUCUCGUGGUUCUUCAAUGUAGUAAGUUAGUUGUAAUUGUCUCCUUUCUCUGGGUAAUUUCUUAGGGUUUGGUGUCAAAUAUGUUGGUUAAGAAGGAAUGGAUCAUUGUGAAUAAUAGUGCAUCUUUGUCUUGACAUUAUUUUUUUCUGAAGCAAUGUCUGCAACAACUUAUCGCUCGUAUCGAUUUCCAAAAUUUACUAAAUUCCAAAAUGUUUUAGUUUGCCGACGAUAGUUUGAUGUACGAGUUAUGUCUCAAAACUCCGAAACAGCUAGUUAGGCGUUGUGUUUUCGCCAAAGAGAUAAUCGAGAUUGAAUUUCGAAGGAUUAUACAUAUAGGGUAUUGUCAGUCAUGAUAUCGCUACGCGCUAGAAACUCCUCCUCAUACAAAAUUGAGGUGAUCUUUUUCCGAAAUCGAUAUUUCUACCGGUUUCAUAUACAUGCGGAAUUAAACCCAACUAAACCUGAUUAACAUGUUGAUUAAGUAAAAAGAUACGAAUAAUCUAUUGAUAAAAAAAUUAUGUUUAGUACUAAUGGAUGGGCUGUUUCUGGGGUAGGGUGGCUGCAGGCAGGCAGGCGGUGGCAUGGUUUCUUGGCCGCAUCAAUUCAUGAAUGGCUAUACUAACAAUUUAUGCUCGGCAAGUUGCCAACUUGGAGGACCUUAAAUAUUACAAACUCUCAACUUGUGUGUUAUUAAUUCAUAGUUGGCAACUUGGUUGCCAUAUUUUUCUUUUGAAUUAUUUAAAUUAUAUUCAUAACUUCUUUUGGUCCUUUUGAAUUGUGUGUGUCUGGUUGUACCAUAUGGUCUGCAAGGGGGAUGCUGCUGAAAAGGGCUUUCCUCCUGCUGCCUGCAAGUUGAUACGCAAGUUGAGCAACAAAAGAAAGAAAAAGGGAUUUUUAUUUUUCUUCCAUCUUUGUUUCAUUAUUUGUUUUGGGUAAGACCAACUCCAACGCACGGGUCAUAUUUGGGUACAUGGAAGAUGGAAAGAAUUUUUUUUUCCAACCCAACAAAAAAUUCUCUCGAAUUUACAAAUUUGAGAGAUAAAGAGGAAGAUUUAUGCAUAAAUGAUUAAAUGGAAGGAAGGGAGUUGUCAUAUUUGGCUGGGAAGGGGGAGGGGAAGCCUAGACGCGCACUUUGGCCCUCCUGUUUUUUUUUUUAAGAAUAUGUAACAUUUUAGGCGAAUCCCACAUCGACAAAGUACGGGAUAGAUUCAUAGUUCAUAAGUAAGAAAUUGACUUUAACUGCUAAAAGGUGUUUUGGGGUGAAAUGAAGGAGUUAUUGUGAGAACUCCGAAGUUAAAUGUGCUCAGUAUGAAGUACAACAAGGAUGAGUGACCUUAUUGGAAGUCACCGUGAAUUGCACCCCAAGUCGAAAAACCGUGAGGGUCGAGGCCCAAAGUGGACAAUAUCUUGCUCGGGAAAAAGUUCGGGAUGUUACAGAAUACGUGCUGAUUUUAUAGUAUUUUAAGGAUAGGAUGCAGGCAAAACAAAUAUCACUUUCUAACUGGUAUAAAAAAAGCUAACAUUUUAAUGACCAUAAAGAUAUUACAUUUUA